AUGGCAGAACAAAUAACACUUCUGGAGGCUAAGUUGCAAGACACUGAAAAAGAUGUCCUGGAGCUGCGCAGCCUGAUUGGAGGCACACCUCGGGUGGCCUUUUCUGCAGCUCUCAGGGAUUCUGGCUCUGGAGACAUUGGACCUUUCAGCACUAAUACCCCAUUGAAGUAUAAGAAGGUUUUCUCCAACACUGGCAAUAGCUACAAUCCUUCAACAGGUAUUUUCACAGCGAUGGUCAAAGGAAUGUAUUUCUUUCGAUUCUCCAUGUUUGUCAGUACUGUUCCCAACUCUGUUGUGAGCCUCAUGAGGAAUGGUGAACGGCUGAGCUCUGUUUGGGACACCUCAGGGUCUGAUAACCACGAUUUGGGCAGCAACGCUAUGGUUAUCCCACUUGAGGUGGGAGACAAUGUGUAUAUUGAGCUAUAUGCACACACAAAAGUUUAUGAUGAUGGCAUGAACUACAACACCUUCAGUGGUUUUCUGCUCUUCACUAUGUAA